AUGUCUCAGACAAACCAGACGAACAUGCCCAUGGGGCCAUGGAAGAUCACUGUUUAUGACCAGGAGUACUUCCAGGGCAGGUGGUGGGAGUUCACCUCCUGCUGCAAGAACAUUAUGGAGUUUGGUAUGGAGAACGUUCGGUCCCUGAAAGUGGAAUGUGGAGCCUGGGUGGGUUUUGAGCAUAGCAGCUUUAACGGCCAACAGUUUGUCCUGGAAAAGGGAGACUACCCUUGCUUCGAGGCCUACAUGGGAAGCCAUGGCUAUCGUGUUGAGAGAAUGAUGUCCUUCCGCCCCAUUUAUUCAGCGUGCCACAAGGAGUCCCGCAUGUGUGUGUGGGAGUGUGAGAACAUGAUGGGCAGACGGUGGGAGCUGUGUGAUGACUACCCUUCCCUGCAGGCAAUGGGCUGGCACAACAAUGAAAUUGGUUCCAUGCAGGUCCAGAGUGGCGCCUGGGUGUGCUACCAGUACCCUGGUUAUCGUGGCUAUCAGUACAUUAUGGAGCGCGACUGCCAUGGAGGCGAGUACAGACACUACAGGGAGUUUGGCACUCAUGCUCACACCCCCCAGAUCCAGUCCAUUCGUAGAAUCCAGCAUUAA